GUCAUCGACCAGCUGAGCUGUUGCAAUUGCUGAUGUUUCUUGUUUUAUCUUUUUGAAUUCUAGAGAAACUUAAGCUUUAGCCUAGAAUAGAAAAGCAAGGAAGAAAAGGGAAACUUUUUAUCGAAAAAACACAUUGAAAACAUAAAAUUGCCACGGUAUUCAUAAACUUGACGACAUUAUUCAACUACAAAGAUGAGUGAAGUUAAAAGCGUUAUACUAGUGACCGGUGGAUCAGGCCUCGUCGGCCAAGCUAUUAAAAUUCUUGUAGAUAAUGAGACACAAGAAGGAACAGGUUCUACAAAAAAUGAAAAUUGGAUAUUUUGCGGAUCCAAAGACGGGGACUUGAGGGACAAGGCCCAAACGGAAGCACUAUUUGAUAAGUAUCGGCCUACACAUGUGAUACAUUUGGCGGCAAUGGUUGGAGGCCUGUAUCACAAUAUGAAUAACAAUUUGUCCUUCUUUAGGGAAAAUAUGGCAAUAAAUGAGAAUGUGCUCCAUGCGAGCUACGAGCGAGGUGUCAAGAGGGUUGUGUCCUGUCUUUCCACUUGUAUCUUCCCUGACAAUACUACAUACCCUAUUGACGAGACUAUGGUUCACAAUGGACCGCCACACACAUCUAAUUAUGGAUACAGCUAUGCCAAGAGGAUGAUUGAUAUUUUGAACAGAGGGUACCAUGAUCAACACGGCUGCAUGUUCACAUCGGUGAUACCCUGCAACGUUUUCGGCCCACACGACAACUACAAUCUGCAGGCCAGCCAUGUCAUACCCGCUCUUAUCAGGAGGAUGGACGAUGCUGUACGAAAUGGUGACCCCACAUUCACAGUGUUCGGCAGCGGGAAACCUUUAAGACAAUUCAUUUAUUCAUUGGAUCUAGCCAAACUGUUUGUAUGGGUGCUCAGGAAUUAUGACAGUGUUGAGCCUAUUAUUUUGUCAGCGGACGAAGAAGACGAAGUAACAAUAAGUGCAGUAGCGGAGACCAUAAAGAAGGCUCACGGAUACACAGGAGAUAUUGUCUAUGACACGAGCAAAGCCGAUGGACAGUAUAAGAAGACCGCUUCAAACAAGAAACUUAGAUCGCUGUACAAAGACUUCAAAUUCACUCCGUUCGAGACGGCCAUUCAAGAAUCCGUUGACUGGUACAAGAGGAACAGAGAAAUGGCGAGGACGUAGCCGCUCUUUAUGUCCUGUAAUUUCCAUUGUGUAUUUAUUGUAUAUGCAUUGUUAUAAAUAAAAAUACUUGAAAAA